UUCUGGCUUUAGUUUUUUUGAUUUUCCUGAAAAGUGUUUGGAAAGAUCGAAAAAAGCAAACGCUACCAGGCUCUGUGUCUUCUUCUUCUUCCUCUUCUCUAAAAGAUCGAUCAAAGCUGACCUAACCUAACCUUCAAUCUCAAUCUCAAUUCCAAUCGCAAUCGCCGCUGAUUGCUUUCCUCUAGUCGAUGAGCUCUACCUGAAACUUACAGAUAAGUUUAACACAAAACCUCAAUUACCAUGGGUCAAGCUUUUCGCAAGCUUUUCGAUGCCUUCUUCGGCAACACCGAGAUGCGAGUUGUAAUGCUAGGUCUGGAUGCAGCUGGUAAGACUACCAUUUUGUACAAGCUGCACAUUGGAGAGGUUUUGUCGACUGUUCCCACGAUUGGUUUCAAUGUGGAGAAAGUACAGUAUAAGAAUGUCAUAUUCACAGUUUGGGACGUCGGGGGCCAAGAGAAGCUAAGGCCACUAUGGAGGCAUUACUUUAAUAACACAGAUGGAUUGAUCUAUGUUGUCGAUUCCUUGGACAGAGAGAGAAUUGGAAAAGCAAAAGCAGAGUUUCAGGCUAUCAUCAGUGAUCCAUUUAUGCUCAACAGUGUCAUCUUGGUGUUUGCCAAUAAACAGGACAUGAAAGGAGCAAUGUCACCAAUGGAAGUAUGCGAAGGACUGGGCCUCUUCGAUCUCAAGAACAGAAAAUGGCACAUACAAGGGACAUGUGCGCUCCGUGGAGAUGGACUUUACGAGGGCUUGGACUGGUUGGCCGAGACACUCAAAGAGAUGAGAGCCGCUGGAUACUCUUCAGUUGGCACCUCAUCAUUCUAAUUCCCGGGUUUGUCUCGAGCAAGGGGCAUUUCGAUUGUUAAAAGCUGAAGAAUCGACCUUUUGCGCGUUGAUAAAUCCUGACUGGAUUAAUUUGAUUUGAUUUAGAGGCUAAUGACCGUUCACUAGGAGCUUUUCCGCGUUUUCCUUCGCCUUUCAUGGUGGCGCUCGAAGUUGAAAGAAAACUUCCUCCAAUGUAUAUUUUUUGUUUUCGAAGAUUUGCAGGAUGUGCCUUUGAUGAAAAUAUAAACCUACAAAUACUAGGAUUAUGUAUGCUUAUAUGCUUCCCCAUGUUUAACAUUCCUAUGCAUAUAUGCCUAUAUAUAUAUAUAGAUGGGAUUGAGAUAUAGAAUUGUGAUAUUUAUUUUCUCUCUCAA